UAACAUCCACAGCUGCUACAACUGCCUCUACCAGCACAACCUCUGUUCUUGGCUCAACGGGGCCAACUUUGUUUGCAUCUGUGGCGAGUUCUGCAGCCCCAGCAUCAUCUACCACCACAGGCCUCUCACUUGGUGCCCCUUCCACUGGGACAGCCAGUCUUGGGACACCUGGGUUUGGGUUAAAAGCUCCUGGAACAACAGCUGCUGCCACUGGGACAGCCAGCACCACUACUGCUUCUGGCUUUGCUUUGAAUCUUAAGCCACUGACUACAACUGGUGCCACUGGAGCUGUGACUUCUACAGCUGCCAUCACCACAACAACAAGCACCAGUGCGCCUCCGGUGAUGACCUAUGCCCAGCUGGAGAGUUUGAUAAACAAGUGGAGCCUGGAACUGGAAGACCAGGAGAAACACUUUCUCCAUCAAGCUACACAAGUUAAUGCCUGGGAUCGGAUGCUGAUAGAGAAUGGAGAGAAGAUUUCUUCAUUGCACAGAGAAGUAGAGAAAGUGAAGCUUGAUCAGAAAAGACUGGAUCAGGAACUGGACUUCAUUCUGUCCCAGCAGAAGGAGCUUGAAGACUUGUUGACCCCUCUGGAGGAGUCUGUGAAGGAGCAGAGCGGGACCAUCUACUUGCAGCACGCAGAUGAAGAACGGGAGAGGACUUACAAACUGGCUGAAAACAUAGAUGCUCAGUUGAAGCGCAUGGCUCAAGAUCUGAAGGACAUCAUUGAGCAUUUGAAUACGUCAGGAGGCCCAGCAGACACGAGUGACCCGCUUCAGCAGAUCUGUAAGAUCUUGAAUGCACACAUGGAUUCAUUGCAGUGGAUUGACCAGAACUCAGCCGUGUUGCAGAGGAAGGUAGAAGAGGUGACAAAGGUCUGUGAGAGCCGCCGCAAGGAGCAAGAGCGCAGUUUCCGGAUCACAUUUGAUUGAAUCACUCGAAUGGUUUAACCUAAAAUCUCCCCAAAAAAAGAGAGGUUGUUGGGGACCAAGUUUAAAAUCGUUACGUGGGUUUGUUUCUUUUCCUGCAGUAAAACAUGUUGUUUGUUCCAGAGCCA